AUGGCGAAUCUACAAGAUAAAAAAAUGACGAGUAUUACAAUAUCAGCAAUUCGAACACGAACAAGCAUCCUUGAUAAAUCAUUAAGUAAAGGAAAGGGAGAGGUUAGCUUGAGUUGUUUUGCACUUUUGUUUUCAGAACUCGUACAAUAUUGUCAAAAUCGAGUGUACACCGUACCAGAAUUACAAAAUAAAUUGGCAGAAAUAGGUAUGGAAGUUGGCCACAGAGUGACAGAUUUACUCGUUGUAAGGGAGAAAGGUGGAAAACGUGAAAUAAAAUUAUUAAAUAUUUUAUUAUUUAUUAAAAGUACAAUAUGGAAAUCAUUGUUUGGUCGUGAAGCUGAUAAGUUAGAACAUGCAAAUGAUGAUGAACGUACUUAUUAUAUCAUAGAAAAAGAAGCAAUAGUAAAUAAAUUUAUAUCAGUUCCAAAAGAUAAAGGAAGUCUAAAUUGUGCUUCUUUUAUUGCUGGUAUAGUUGAAGCUAUUCUCUGUGAUUGUGGUUUUCAAGCAAAAGUGACUGCACAUUGGCAUAAAGGAACAACAUAUAUGGUUAAAUUUGAUGAUGCAGUUAUUGCUCGUGAUAAACAACUUGAAGAUCGAUAA